UUUGCAGUCUCUUUCAUAUUUCUACAAUGACCGGCAUGGAUUCUCGUGAAGCAGGUGUUAGACCCUAUGUAUAUUUCUGUGUUGUCAUUGCUGCCCUUGGAGCGAUGAACAACGGUUUCAAUACCUCUUCUCUCAAUAUUCCCGGAGAUAGUGUCAAGCAGUGCCCUGGUGGACCUGGAGUCGUUGAAUACUAUCCAGGAUCUCCUCUCCCAAUGUGUAUACCUAUGAGCGACUGGAUUUGGGGUGCUGUCACCGGUAUGUUCGCUAUUGGAGGUCUUAUUGGCGCUCUGUUAGCCGAUCCCAUGUCUUCCAAGUGGGGUCGUCGUGACUCCAUGCUUAUGAUCAACGCUUCAUUCAUCAUUGGUGCUGUUCUUCUCUCUACGGCCACUACCUCUGGCCAAUUCGCUGUUGGCCGUAUCUUUGUUGGUAUCGGCUCUGGCUUCAUGACUGUGGUCAUUUCCAUGUAUAUUGCCGAAAUCUCUCCUCCCAGUCACCGUGGUGCUUUGGGUUCUUUCUUGCAGCUGUUCAUGACCAUCGGUAUUUUGAUUAUCGAAGCUAUCGGCCUUGGUUUGUCUUCUGCCAUCGGCUGGCGUAUCGUCGUUGUCUUCACCGUUAUUCCAGCUGUCAUCCAAAUGAUCUGUCUCCCAUUCUGUACCCGCAGUCCCCGUUGGCUCAUCGGUCAAAACAGAAUCGAGGAAGCUCGUGCUGCUCUGCUUCAUCUUCGCAACGGAGAUAUUGAGGAAGAAUUCGCUGACAUGGUUGCCUCUGCUAAGAAGAAGAAAGGUACUGCCAUCGACGCCGAUGAGAAGCCUAUCGAAGGAAACGAUUCUGCUAUCGUCGCUCAUGAUAACAAUGGAGUCACAUCGGAUACCGAAGCUGAUGCUCCCGCUUUCGAAUCUGAAGUUGCUCUCAGCUUUUGGGAUCUUAUGACUAUUCCGGUUUUCCUCAAGCUCACCAUUUGUAUGGUUGUUGUCCACGCCGGUUCUCAGCUCUCUGGUAUCAAUGCUGUCAUGUACUAUUCCACCACCAUUUUCCAAAUUGCCUUUGGUAACCAAGCUCCUUACGUCACUGUUGGUGUUGGUGCACUCAACGUUGUCCUUACCGUUGUGUCUCUGCUUCUCAUCGAUCGUGUUGGACGUAAAAUCUUACUGCUCGUUUCCGAAUUUGGUAUGUGCAUUUUCUGCGUAAUCAUGACUGUCGCCGUCGUGGUCGGUAUCCCAGCUCUUCAAGUCGUUUGUAUCAUGCUGUUCGUCUGCUGUUAUGCUGUCGGUCUCGGUGUUAUUCCCUUCAUCUUGGUUGCCGAAGUUUUCCCUACUUAUGCUGUCGGUGCUGCCUCAUCUGCUGCUCUUGUUGCCAACUGGUUCUUCAACUUUGUCAUUGGUCUCAUCUAUCCUGCUCUCCAAGCUGCUAUGGGUGGAUACGUGUUCUUGAUCUUUGCUGGUAUUGGCUUGGCUCACGGUAUCUUCACCAUCUUCUUCAUUCACGAAACCAAGGGCAAAUCCAUUGAAACCAUUGGUCGUGAGCUUGGCUGGAUUGAUGUCAACCCUGCUGACAUUCAGCGUAAGAAGCUUGAGAAGAAGGCUGCUCACUAAAUCAGCGAAAACACUUUCCACACCCAUAUCAACCAAUUCCCUUUAGACGCCCAUCAGCGGUGAACCUUUUGUAUUUUAGACAUAUAUUUGUGCGUUUUUCUUGACGAAAACAUUUUUCGGUAGUUUACAUGACUCCCGUGUAUAUCUUUCUUUGUUCAUCACAUUUCUACAGAAAUACCAAUAUACUGUAACGUUUUACCCGAUGAGUUAGUCUACACGAAACGAA